AUGCGGGUUCUAUACUGGAAUAUUAAUGGUGUGGCUCGUGAAGCUGCACAAACAAAACUUACAGAUUUGGUUAGAGAUUUUAAACCGGAGAUUUUUUGUAUUUCUGAGCCGAAAGUAGCUUGUUCUACUAAAUUUCGUAGAGUUCUUCAGAAUGCAGGUUAUUCUCCGGAUGUUAUUCAUAAUGCUUCUUUUUCUGGGAUUGCUAAUAUUUGGAUUUGUUAUGUAGAUGGUAUCACUCCUAUGGUGGUAAAUAGGAGUAAACAGGAUAUUGAAGUGGCAGUUGAUGGUGUGCACAUCUCUUUUGUUCGUGCGAGCUAUGUUCAAGUGACAAGACGUAGAUUAUGGCAGCAGCUUGAUAUGCAAGAUUCGGUUACGCCUUGGUUGGUAAUGGGCGACUUUAACUGUGUUUUGCGCUUAGAUGAGAAAAAAGGAGGGCUGGAACCUAGAACUUCAGUCAUAAACGAAUUUAGCGACUGGAUGGAUGAUAACGACCUUUUCGAAGCUGAUUCUUUGGGAACUAAGUUCACUUGGUCAAACAGGCAAUCAGGUUCUAGUAGAAUUAUCAGUAAACUUGAUAGGGCGGUUAUUAAUAGUGCUUGUUGGAACGCUCCUGCUCAUGGGUCGCCAUAUUUUAUUUUUCCAUACAAGAUGAAAAGGCUAAAGGUGACAAUGAAGGAUUGGAAUCUUCGGAUUUUUGGCAAUAUUUAUUCUCGACUCAAGCAAGACCAACUUCGUUUCGAGACGGCUGCUAGAAAUUCAGAUGAGGAUCCAGGUAAUAUAACUAAGUUGAAUGUUAUGAAAGAUGCUAUGGAAAUCCUUUCUGAGACUCGUUCACAUCAAGUUACUUUACUAAAACAAAAGUCUAGAAACCAAUGGUUAGUUGAUGGCUCAAGCAACACAAGUUUCUUUCAUAAUAGCAUUCGUAUUAGGAGGAGUAAUAACACUAUUUCGGAGUUGGUUGGUUCUAGUGGUACUACUAUUACUGAUUAUGAUCAAUUGAGAAAUAAUGUAGUGCAGUUUUAUGAAGACAUAUUCAAUGGCCAGGAGUUGGAGUUCGAUGAAGAUUUAUUCAAUUUUGAGCACCCUUCCAUCACAAUGGAGGAAAGUUGUGAUAUGGGUAGAAUUCCAUCUUCGGAGGAAAUCAAGCAAGCUGCCUUGGAGUUAGAUUCUGAUAGUGCUCCAGGUCCGGACGGGUUUUCUGAUUGCUUCUACAGACACUGCUGGGAUAUUAUCCAAGAUGAUUUGACAAAGGCCAUUAUUUAUUGUUGGAAUACUGGUCCUAUUCCUAAUGAUGUCAAUUCUUCCUUGAUUAUUUUGCGGGCCAAGGUAAGAGGUGCUAAUACUCUUCCUAACUUUGGUCCUAUUGGUCUUAGUAAUUUUUUGUUCAAAAUUUUUACUAAGAUUCUAGGUACUCGACUUAGCCGUGUUUUGGACAAGCUUGUUUUCGAGGAGCAGGUAGCUUUCAUGAAGGUCCGUAAUAUUCAUGAAAAUAUCAGUCUUGCUUCAGAAAUGGUGGAUGAACUUCACAUCAAGCGGAAAGAUGGUAAUAUUGGUCUUAAACUUGAUAUCUCUCAAGCAUUUGACACGGUGAGUUGGUCAUUUUUCUUAGAAGUUUUUCGUAGGUAUGGCUACUCUGAGAGGUGGUGUGCUUGGUUGUUUGAUAUUUUGAAUUCUGCUAGAAUUUUUAUUCUCUUGAAUGGUAAUCCGGAGGGCUAUUUCAAGAUUAAUAGAGGUUUGCGUCAAGUUGAUCCCCUUUCUCCCUUGAUUUUUGUUUUGAUUGGAGAUGUUCUUAGCAGAAAUAUUUCGAAACUCUUUCGAGAUAAGAAGAUUUCUCCAAUGGUUACUAGAAAUGGUUAUUCUCCUACUCAUCUCUUUUUUGCUGAUGACAUUAUGAUUUUCUGUAAGGGCAAUCUUAAAAGUGUGCAUAAUUUGGUGGAAUUGUUGGGUAAAUAUCAAGUUGCGUCUGGACAAACGGUAUGUCGUCAUAAAAGUAAGAUUUAUUAUGGUGGAGGUUCUUUGAGUAGGAGAACUUUCCUUGCUGAUUUGUUGGUAAUGAGUGUGGCCACGUAUCCAGAUAGGUACUUGGGAGUUCAAAUUAUGCCUGGCAUGGUAAGAUAUCACCACAUUUCUAAUGUGAUUGAGAAGAUCAAGGCGCAACUUGCUGGGUGGAAGGGGAGAUUGUUAUCUUUUCAUGACCGUAUUGUGCUUGUUAAAUCUGUUAUUGCUAGCUAUUCUUUGCAUAACAUGGCAGAGGGAGGACUUGGCUUAACUCGUAUGUCUACAAUGAACAAGGCUCUUCUUAUGAAGUUGUGGUGGAAAAUUAGGAAUUCCAAGAAGAAGUGGGCUGGUUUUAUUAGAUCUAAGUUCUUUGGAAGGAUUGGUUGCAUCAAAACUUGUGGAGUUAAGUCCACAAUUCUGCCAGGAAUUCGAUGUGUUUACAAGAUUGUGGAAAACAACACUAAAGUCUUGCUUGGUGAUGGUAGGUCCACUUCUCUUUAUUUUGAUAUUUGGUGUACUGAUAUAUGUCUUGCAGACAUUCUAAAUGACUCUAGCCUGGAUAGAAAUAUCAUGGUCAGCGAUCACUGGUUUGUGGACCAUUGGACUUUCAUUGAUGCUCAAUUGGAUCAUUUUAUUGCUGCUGGUGUUAAUAUUGAUCAACUGCCUACGCCACAAGGAGGGGAGGACAACCGUAUUUGGAUGCCAGACCUUAAGGGUGUUUUCAGUGUCAGUUCAGCCAAGGAGUUAGUGCGCCAAAAGUAUCCUAUUCUGGAGGGGACGUCUCUGAUUUGGAAGACUGAAGUUCAUCCAGUUUUAGCAGCCCAACGAGGUGUAUGUGCUACUUAUGAGCUGAUAAAAUCUCGGUUCAAAAUUCCUUUAGCAAACAAGUGUUGCAUGUGUGGUAACGUUGAAGAAACUCUUGAUCAUGUGUUAUUUAGUUGUAGUUUUGCAGCUAGAGCUUGGUCCUGGUUAUCUCAGAUUUUUGGUGUAACGCCUGACAACAAUCUGGUUACUUCUUAUAAGGCAACUAAAGGUAGAAGCCAGAUGGUGCGUGAUCUGUGGUUGCUUGCUAACCUUGUGAUUAAAUCUGAAUUGUGGGAUGUUAGGAACAUGGGCAUCUUUGAGAGAAAUAAGCCUAACUGGAACAUGUUUUUCUAA